AUGGCGACAUCAGAAGGCGCAUCCGAAUACGUCACCCUGGUCUCGUCCGACGAGUACUCAUUCGUUGUGCGCCGCUCCGCAGCAUGCAUCAGUGGCGCGAUCAAACGCAUGCUAGAUCCUUCAAAUGGUUUUCUGGAGUCAAAAACGAACACAUGCCGCUUCGAUAAUAUCAACGGUCUUGUCCUCGAGAAGGUCUGCGAAUACCUCUACUACAACGAGAAGAAUCGAGAUGCGAAGAACGUGCCGGAUAUGGAUUUGCCAACGGAGCUGUGCUUGGAGAUCCUCAUGGCGGCGGAUUACUUGAAUGGUGAGGAAUGUGUUGCUUUGCUGUACAGAGGGGAUGCUAAUGAGUCGGGUGUGGCAGUUUGA